AUGGGCCUGCAAGAAGAAACCAAGAAGGUCGUGUCGCAGUUUGAAUUCUCCGACGCCGACGUCAAUUCCCAUGUCGCCGAAUUCAUUCAACAGAUGAACACUGGCCUCGAGCAGGAUGGCACCAGCGUCAGCCAGAUUCCGACCUACGUCACCGCCGUUCCCAAUGGCACUGAAAAGGGACUAUACCUCGCUGUCGAUCUCGGCGGCACCAACUUCCGCGUCUGCUCCAUCAUGCUCAAUGGCGACACCACCUUCAACCUGACCUACAACAAGGUCGCCAUCCCCAAGGAGCUCAUGGUUGCCAAGACGGCCAAGGAGCUCUUCGCCUUCCUGGCCAAGCAGAUAGAGCUCUUCCUGCGCGAGCACCACGCCGACCAUUUCGAAAGCCACGUCCGCCGACGCCAUACUGCUAGCACCCCUUUGGGCUACCGCGACGAACAUAUUUUCCGACUCGGCUUUACCUUUAGCUUCCCUGUCCAGCAGCUUGGAAUCAACAAGGGCAAGCUUAUUCGAUGGACCAAGGGCUUCGAUAUCCCCGAUGCGAUUGGUAAGGAUGUUUGCGCUCUACUCCAGGACGAAAUUGACAGGCUGCGUCUCCCUGUCAAGGUCGCAGCCCUUGUCAACGACACUGUCGGGACCCUCAUGGCCCGCUCCUACACAUCGGUCGGCAAGCAUCAAUCUAUUCUCGGUGCCAUCUUCGGUACCGGAACCAAUGGUGCGUACAUGGAAAAGACGGCCAAAAUAAAAAAGCCCAUCACCGGUGAAUAUGACACCUCCACCGGCGAAAUGGUUGUCAACACCGAAUGGGGCUCGUUCGACAACCAGCUCAACGUCCUCCCCAACACACCUUGGGACAAGAAGCUCGACCAGGACAGCGUUAACAAGGGCUUCCAAAUGUUCGAGAAGCGUGUCUCGGGCAUGUUCCUCGGUGAAAUUGUGCGAUUGGCCAUCGUAGACAUGCUCGAGAAGAAGUCUAUCGGUCUCUUCCAGGAUACUAACUCGAGCUUCAACGAUCGUGUCACUACAACCAGCAUUGAUCCCAAGUCCUCUCUCUUCACGCAAUGGGGUCUCGACAGUGCGGUGAUGUCGGUCGCCGCCAGCGAUAACACCCCCGAGCUCUCCACCCUGCGACAGGAGCUGGAGAACGCUCUGGGCAUCUACUCGUCCUCUCUGGAGGAUGCGCAGGCAUUCAAGGCCAUUGCCAAUGCUGUUGCGCGGCGCGCGGCCCGACUUUCUGCUGUUGCAAUUGGUGCCAUCGCCAUCCAAUCAGGAAAGCUUGACGACCCCGAGUGCGAGCUUGUCGACAUCGGAGUUGACGGCAGUCUUGUUGAGCACUACCCCUUCUUCCGUGACAUGAUUUACGAAGCUCUGAGAGUGAUGGACGGCAUUGGUCCCAAGGGCGCGGAAAAGAUUCGCAUCGGUAUUGCGAAGGAUGGCAGUGGUGUCGGCGCUGCUCUGAUUGCACUGGUCGCUGCGAGCCGCGAACAGCCUGGCGACUUCCUGGCCGACUUGCGCACUGAUAUCAAGCGCGGCCUUGACCGUCUUCCUCAACAAAUCGAAGAGUCGCCCUUGUCGAACAAUGCCUUGCUUGCGAUCGGUGCCGCUGCAGCUAUUGGUGUCGCGGCGUUGUGGUACUUGAGGCGUCAAUAA